UAGGGCAGAUGCUGAUGACCGUAUACAACUGCUCACCACCUCAUCACAAACACGGCAUGGAUCCUAACGGCACAGCUUUUCCAGUCCAGCUAUAUAUUUAUGAUCUGUCGAGGGGGAUGGCUCGCCAGCUGAGCCCUAUAAUGCUGGGGAAGCAGCUUGACGGAAUUUGGCAUACCUCCAUAGUGGUGUAUGGAGAGGAGUUCUUCUUUGGAGGCGUGGGUAUCUCCAGCUGUCCCCCGGGUGGCACAAUGCUUGGCCCACCAGACACAGUGGUGGAGUUGGGGAACACUGAGGUUACCGAAGAGAUUUUUAUGGACUACCUAUCAUCACUGGGAGAGACCACAUACAGAGGGGAGCGGUACAGGUUGUUUGAGCACAACUGCAACACCUUCACUAAUGAAGUGGCUCAGUUUCUAACAGGCAAGAAGAUUCCUUCCUACAUCACAGACCUGCCUUCUGAAGUGCUCUCCACCCCGUUUGGUCAGGUUUUGAGGCCCAUCCUGGACUCCAUCCAUAUUGCGCCCCCAGGUGGAAACGUCAUCAACAGCCAUAAUAAUCACAGCUAAACUUCUUUAAUCAGCUCUUUACACUUUCAACAGAUACAGUCGUAUGCAAAAGUUUGAAUCCCCCUGGUGAAAUUGCAUGUUUUGUUGAUUUUCUAUGUGAAAACAAGUUAACACAUACUCUAAAGAGAGUGCAUUUAAAUAUUGCAUUUUUCUGCUAAUUUUAGUGCUCAACUUACAUUUAUUUGCAUAACAAUUUAUAGUGAUGCAUCAGUCUGAUACUCUGUCACCAUGGCAACAUUUGUGUGGCGUCAUGCCUCCAUCAGCCGCAUACCGCUAUGAGGUGCAGAAUGAACUGAUGUGGUGCAUCAGAAUAAAAGCCUGAUUCAGGAACUGUUCUCUGUACUGUAUCAGUUUUGCAACCGAAAAAGUAAUUUCAUAGGUUUGCGUUAUCAAUUUCAUGUAGGCUAAAAAAAUGAUAGUUAAUUAAAUUUGAAUAAUUUGGUUAAAUAUGAAAUUAAUAAUAAGGGUGCCUCAUUUUAAAAACCCUCAAUUUAAAUGUCAACUAACAAGACAAGCUGCAGGACUCAUGCUGGCUAAUAACAUCUGCAAUUUGAAGGUAUUUUACAUUUAAUACAGCUGCUAGCAGUACAGCAACUUGUAAUAUUUCAAAAGCUAAAGUUUCGAGGGUUAAACUCACAUUUUGUUUGAAUGUUUAGACGUCAUAACUUUACUGUAGCACUGAAAAGUUUACACUGGAAUUAUAAUUACUAUUUAUUUUCCUGUUGCAUUAUUCAGAAGCAUAUUAAUAAAAAGUUUUUUGUAAUACUU